CCUAAGCGUUUCAACCGACCAACAAUCAUCUCACUUGCACGCAUGCGAAGGAAGUUUUCUUGCACUCGUUCACGUAAGUGGCAUUAAAGUCACAGAACCUACCUACAUAAACUACUCUGCCUUGUGGCGUGAGAGAAACUCGACAAAAAUGCAACAAAAGUCGCCGAGUCUGGGCUUUAAAUUAGAUUUAGAUCUACGUAAGCUUCGUCCUUAUACUCUCUUCGUAGCCAUCCCUACCACGUCCAACUCCUCGACUUUUGUCGGUUACUGGAAGCCGUCGUCAUCUACCUCACGCUCUCACAUACAGCUUCAUACGCCGCUUAAGCUCGCUCAAAUCCAGCUUGUCGAUUCAUGCGAGGAUUUCGGCGUUAUGUGCAUUCCAGCUCACGAACUUGGCCUCGCAGACUUCUUCCAGCGCCAGAUUGAAUCUCUAGAGAUAUCGUCUCAAGAUGCAGAGAUGACAUCGAAGCUUGUCGCCAGUUUGCGGGGCUCAAAGGCCGGCAACGCUAGUGGCGAUGGAGUGGAAGUGAACAUUCUUAGCAUCACGAUCCUCGGAGAUGAAAACGGGGACCUAGUUCCCGAAGGGUGCAAGUUGCUCUGGAGGUGGGUGAAACCCCACAGUCAGUAUUGUAAGUCAGGCUUUUGGAACUGCAGCCUGACAAAGGUCUUGGUGGAUGCCGAGUGGAAUGCAGGCAAAGGCGUCUCUAUAUUGGUAAAGGCUGCGGAAGAGGAAGAAUACGACAGGGUGUUGCAAGGAGAAAAGAAGGCUGAAUCUCCCUUUCAAACAUAAUGCAGGUAUCGCUGUUAGAGAUGCUGAUAGAUUUGGAUUGUAGAGUAGAGCUCCUCCUGCGAGCUGAUUAAUGUAUGACGGCGUGCGAAU